AGUGAACGAAUUGACUUUUUGUAUACUUUCCCCCACUAGGGUCCCCCUUUGAUAUCACCUUCCUUAAGAGAUUUCCAGACCAAGCACAACCAUGUCCGGCGUCCCUGAUGUGCAGCGUCCUCCUCUGAAUUCGAAGGUUCAGAAGGAGAAGUGGGCAUGUCGACUUCGUGGCGCUUUGUCCGAGUACCUCGAGUACCUACCCAAAGAAGAGUGUGGCGCGCUCUUGCAAAAAGUGCAAAUCCGCCUGGAUCAGCUCAACAAUCACCAAGUUGCGCUGAACAUCGCACAGGGCAAGCUAUACCCUGUCAAGAGCUUUCCAGGUGAGCUGGUUCAUUUAGAGUUUCUUUGUUAGAAGAGGUGAGUUAGGUUGGGUUCCUGUGUGCUUUCCUAUAGCCUUUUCAGCUCAGAACUCCUCAUACAAUUCAAGUUUAGUCUAUUUAGAUAUUCAAACUACGGCUUCCUUGGAGUAGAGUCCUCUUCUUCGUAACGUUUUCGUCUCCUUCUCAACAGGUUGGGACUCGAUUCCAAAGGAGGACUAUUGGAAGUACUUCGCUGCGUGCAAUGUCGAAGGAUGGGACUACAACAAGCUGCAAAUUGUGCUGGAGAGUUCCAAACUCUGCGUCGAGAUCCUGUAUGAGUGGGGCCUCGAUCGCAACGCCGCGGCACCGACUUCUUAGUUAGAUUUCGUCGCCAUCUUUUGAGUAUAAGUCUGCAGCUAAUUAGGUAUAGAGAAACGAGAUAUAGGAGGUCGCACAGUCAAGAAGUCUUCUGCUCAUCAUACAAGAAAAACUGACAUGCAGCAUCCUUAUCCCCACUGAAUGCACAGCAAUAACCUAUCUCAACCACCUUAACAGCUUCCCUUCGACGCGAGCAAGAACUGUCCAUCUGCCAAAAGCGUGUCCGCUCGUGUCUUGCACUUGGCCAAAAUGAAUCCUCAUGCUGCAAACACGUUCGAAGUCGUCCAAACUCGCCAGUACCAAUUGAAGCAGCAAGAAAAAGCGGCACGUGAGUGGAUGGAGCAACAGAUGUACAAGGGAAAAUACGGCUGGAAAGGACAACCGUUCGCGAUCUCCGACAGCACUUGGACUGAGGUAUUUAGAUUUCGUCUGGUUCUUAUCAAAAAGUGAAGAAAUGACUCGAACUUCCUUUCAUAUUUGUCAAGUUGAUCUACUCUUGGAAUUUCCUUCUACAACCCCUGCAGACGCACCAUGCUGACCAGAGCGCGUACUACAAAGGAUAUCAGCCUCGCUCGUUUGAGGAGCGUUCUCGCCCUGAUGAAGCGGUCUACCACUCGUACCAGAAGGGAUAUGAGCAGCGUGAGCGCACUGAUCGUCGCCAGCCUGAACAAGCAUCCUCAAGCACUGACGUGCCACCUCCUAGUACGUUGUUUCCACCUAAGCAGGAGAUGACGAAGGGCAAAGGCAAGAAGGGGAAGAAAACGGCUCCUGUGGCUAAGGGUCCUGCGGCAGCUCAUCACACUCCGAUCGUGGCUCCUCCUCCGCCGGCCAAAGAGCCUGCUGCAACAACAACAACAGAUGAUGCACCCCUCAAAACCAAGAAGGGAUCGAAGAAGGGGAAAACAUCCUCAGUGAAGGGGAAAGGUGAGAAAAAACCAGCCAAAGCUGAGGAGAAACCAGUCGAGGAAGAGCCCAAGCAGCAGGCUGACGAGGAGGUGGCGCCGGAGGAACCUGAGGCACCGGAAGAGCCUCAGGAAGAUCCGAUGCAGGUAUCCCCUGAAGCAGAGAAUGUGGUCUACGAUGCAGAAGAUAACGGUGUGGAGGGGGUGCAGGAUGAUCCUGUUCUCAGUGACAACAACGCGUCCAGUGGUGUGGAAGAAACGAAUGCAACUGGUAGUAAGGGACACAGCCUGGACGAAACUCAGGGCGACAUGUCUGGCGCAGUCGGAGAUGACCUCGAUCUGGAGGAGGCUGCCAAAGUCCCGUCUCAACCCGAUGGGGCAGAGGAGGAGAAGGGUGAAGCUGAGCAGGAGCAGCAAGAACAAGAGUGGGAGGGGGAAUGGAAUGAGGGGGAGUGGAAUGAAGGUGAGUGGAAGGAUGGCGAGUGGGAGUAACUGUAGCUCUGAGGCAGAUCUUCGAGAAUCAACCUGUACAAUGUGACGCCUUCUUCUACAAUCUGAAAAAUAUCAACGAACACCAACUAGUUUCUAAGUAGUCUAUCAGUAUAAUCAUCGAUGAGCAGUCUAGUAGCAGUACUCAAAAUCAGAACCAGCAUCUUCUUCUUAUUAGGGAAAUUAUAGCAGAGUUUUUCAAAUCAGAUCAGCAGAACUUGGGGCCAUACUAACUAGAAGCACUAUGGGAAGACGGAAAUCUACAAUGAAGUGAACGUUUAGGGUGGCUUUUCAAGCUCCACCCAGUGACAUUCAACGCAGAAACCAGAGCAGCACUACUCUUAAUUUUGCCACGGGAAACAAUGAGAAACAUGAAAUACAAGCACGAAACUCAGUCGAUGGAAAUCAAUGCAGCACCUUUCUUAAUAGCAACAGAAACUUGUACAAAGUUAUUUGUGUAUUAUUUUCCGACGAGAUGAAAGUAGAAACCUUCUUAACAUUUCUGGUCGCAGCGGGAAGCUUCUGCUCCUUCGUGUCCAUUUCCUGAUCGCUUCGU